AUGUCGACGCAGAACACGCCCAACACGCAGCCGGUCAAGACCAAGUCCAAGGCCUACAGCUCCUCGGUCGCCAUCCAAGGCGAUGCCGCAAAGUACCGUCACAAGUACAAGGAGCUCAAGAAGAAGACGCGCGAGAUCGAGACGGAGAACGAGAAGCUCCAUCUGAAGACGCUGAGGAUCAAGCGCAACAUCCAGCGCAUGCGGCUCGAGAGGGCCAUCCUGUACGAGCGACUCGAAGCGGAGACAGCGCCGCAGUCCUUCCGCGCCCCCUCGCACCACUACGACGCGGCAGGGCAUCCAGUGGACCAUUACCCUCCCCACCACCCGCAGGGCGGGCCGAGCGCAGCGACCUCGUAUGGGCCGAGCUACGGCGCGCCCGUCCGCUCGACUCCGCACGCCUCGUCCCGUCCUGGCGCAGAUCCCUACGCCUACCCCGAACACGACGACCGAGCGGCACAGCCCUACCGAUACGGCUCCGGCGCGCCCGCGGAUGGGUCUAGAGCUCACUCGCCGACCGGUUCCGCUGUUCCGCACGGCGGUCCCCCUCCCGCCGCCGACCGUUCGGCCACCCUGAGGCAGUACACUCCCUCGGUCAGCCCCGAAGAGUCCAGAGACCUCGGCCGUGCCGGUAGCAAGGCCGCAUGA